AUUGUUGCAAACGCAGGAUACUAGGGAUAUCUCUACUCCUACCAUUACUGUAUAUCCCCAUGAGAAGCAAUUGGUUUUUUCGUAAGCGAAGGAACGUGUGAUCGAGAGGAACGAAGGGAAAGUUGUGGCCGUGCUGGACAGUCACCGCCAACCAGCUCGUGAGAUUCGACGCGGGAUGCUACGAAACAAGCUUCACAGCCAGACGAAAAUUCGCUCAAGGCGUCACAUUCCUUGCGAACUGACCUCAGCGGCUUUCGACACUAUCUCACGUUCCGCGUACGCUGGAUACCAUUGGAUCGACUGGAGCCGCUGGAUCGGCGUAUCGUGAUCGAUGGUUAGGUCGUGAACGACUAUGGAUGUCAGUGCAAGCGAGUCUUAUAUUUUCCCUCAUUAGAAGAAAUCAAAAACUCGUCGCGCGAGUAACUAAAACGGUAAAUACCGGACUGCAUCCUGUACCAGGUUGGUGACGAUACUCUCGAAUACUGAUUGUGCUUGUGGAAAAGUGGCAUGUUGUGAAUGAUCCGAAAUUCUACUGAGAUACCGAGACGUUUUGUUCGAGAAGCGAAUAUAUCUUGAAAUUCAAAUUUUUCUCCAAAAGAAAAAUGCCUGCGAUAAAACUGUUCGGCAGAACAUGGCUAGCUGCGAGCGACGACCUUGUUUAUCCGGGUAUCUUUGAAAUUUUCAUUCGAUCCAUUUGGUUAUCCCUAAUUGUAACCGUUUGUGUCAGAUAUUAUGAGCAUACAUGGAGUUGUCAGUUAGGCGGAGAGUUAGUUCGCGUGUAUCUCUUAGGAGAGGUUGCAUUUCUUGUCGUGUCUAUACUUUUCAUGCUCAUCAUUAUAAGACUGAGCGCAAAAGGAUCUAUCAUGGAAACGCACGCUCGUAAAUACGUUGAACCAUUCUUGACAGUUAAAAUAUUGUUCCUCCUGCCUGAGAUAUCAUGGAAUAUUUUAGGAAGUUUAUGGUUGUUUGGAUCAAACGUCAAAUGUACUUAUGAACAUUACACGAUCAUGAUAACCCAGGCGUUAGUGUUCUUCGACUGGAUUCUUAUAGGUCUAACCAUUUUCGGCUUGGCAUUGAUCUUUGAUCCAUUAGGCUUAUUAAGUAACAAACAUUUAGAAAGUUCUGUCGAAUAUGGCAAACUCUCAAGGAACUGGCAACGGAGAUUCAAGUUUCUCUGGUGGAUGAGAAAAGACGAGAACGCUAACGAGACUUUUCAACAAGUUGCUGGUUUGCUAAGCUCUCUGUACCAGGGAACAGAUUUAGUUCCUUCAGAUAUUAUCGCAGGAUGUAUCCUGCUAAGAAUUCGGCAAAAGCGAGAAACUCGUGAAUUGCGCCGGUUAAAUAUUCUUCCUGCUCCAAAAUAUACUUCCGAUGCAACUGCAAUUUUUAGAAAUGUACCAAGUUGGAUGUCUUUAGAGAACGCGGCUUACUAUAUAAAACUCUCAUUAGCUGCUUACGGAUGGUUAUUUGUUAUGUACUUGCAUAUAUGCACCGGGUGUUUUCAUAUUCUGCCGAAUUUGACUUGUUGCACCUGUUUUCGAACAAAACGUAUUCCAAUUAUUGGCGACAAUUGUUGCUACUGUUAUUUAGCCGGAAUGAAAACUUUAUCAGAUUUAUCAACGGAUGACAUCCUGUAUGCGUCAUUUAAAAACUAUUUAUGCGAGAUACCGUUCUGUGUAAUAGCAGAUCAGAAAAAAAAUAACAUUGUCAUUAUUGUACGGGGUAGUCUCUCGAUGCGUGAUUUGAUAACUGAUUUUGCCGCAGGUUCUAAUGUUUUUGUAUGCGAAGGUGUUCCAUCAAACAGCCAUGCACACAGUGGCAUGAUAACGGGUGCUAGGCUGAUUUUGAAGAAAUUAGAUGAUAACAAGGUUUUAGAACGAGCAUUCAAUACAUAUCCUCAUUACGAUUUGGUUAUUACAGGUCACAGUCUAGGUGCUGGUAUAGGUAUUCUGUUAGGAUUUUUACUACGUCCACGAUAUCCAUCACUGAAAGUCUAUGGAUUUUCCACGCCAGCGGGUCUUCUCUCAAGGGAUCUUGCCAGAGUAACGGAGGAAUUCGUUUUCACAGUAGGCAUUGGAGAUGACUUAGUAAUGAGGCUGAGUGUUGAUAGCAUAGAAAAUCUUCGAACGUCUUUGCUUAUGGCACUUCGUGUUUGCCCAUUACCUAAGUAUAGAGUAGUAUUAAACGGAUUAGGUUACAUUUUAUUCGGCAUUCCUGAGAAAGACCUUGAAAAUAUAUGGAAUGCCUAUAAUAUGAUUACCACUGUAUCGGGAGAAACACCUUUACUUAACGACCGAGAUAUAAAUACAAUAGAGGAAAGUAGGAUUUACGAGCGAGAUAUUUCAAAAAGGAGAUAUUCUAAAGUAAAAUUAUACAUAGGUGGUAGAAUACUUCACAUAACCAAAUGUAAACCCGAACAAUCAAAAAACAGCAAGAAUCAAAAUAAGAAAGAAAAGAAAUUCGAGAUGCGAUGGGCACAACCAGAAGAAUUUACGGAAUUAGUUGUGAUGCCACGGAUGUUAUUGGAUCAUUUACCAGAAUGUAUGGACAAAACUCUGACCACCUUGUUAGAACAACAAAAAGACUAG